AUGGCGUCAAAAAACAGCUCGAAAGGCCCUCAGAUACCACCACACAUUCGCCUGAAUUCACAACCUGGAGACCUAUCUACGGCUGAUCCAGUGGGACAAUCGAGGUCCCUCACGAAACAACGAAACUCGAACAAUCCUUUCUUUUCAGAACAGUCGCCCGACAGAUUAGCCCUGCCAUCAGCAAAACGACCGAAACCUUACCGAGAUGACUCCUUUGGGUCUGCCAUUUCGCCCGCCUCGCCCGGCCUGUCACAAUUCUCUUCUAGAAGGUCGAGUUGGGAAUCGAGCGAUUCUAAAGGCAUAGACAAUCCGUUCGCAGAUUCGCGGCCGACGUCAAGAGCUGGAAGUGAAGAGGACCUUAACACACAAACAGUUUCUGAAAAGUACAACAUAUUACCUUUAGCUGACAAUGGGCUGCUGCUGUAUCCCGAAGACAUCGAAAAGGAUGACGACCUUCACAACCCGGAUGGUGAUGAGUCACGAGAUUGCGAUAUCUUCACGAAGCGUGGUUUCGCAAAUGUGGGCGGAUUGGCUUUGAUCACGCUUGGACUAUUAGUACUGUUCAUCGGUUACCCAGCCUUGACUUUCAUACAGAGAUACACUGUUGUCACAAAUCCGUGCAAAAACAACCCGAAUUGCCUCAACGUUGGCAAAGUACCUCUAUUACAAAACAUUCGCUCAGGCCUAAUAGAUCCGGAUACACCGAAAGAGGCGCUUACAAAGAAAGACUUUCAUGGUAACGAGUGGAAGCUGGUCUUCUCGGACGAGUUCAAGAAACCUGGGAGAACCUUUUACGAUGGCGACGAUCCUUUUAUGCAAGCGGUUGACAUCUGGUACGGUGUUACGAUCGACUUGGAAUGGUACGACCCGGAUGCAGUCACAACCACUGACGGAUAUAUGGAUAUCCGUUUUGACGCCUUUCAAAACCACAAUCUCAAUUAUCGUUCGGGUAUGAUUCAGACUUGGAACAAAAUGUGCAUGAAAGGUGGUAGACUAGAGGCAAGCGUCUCUUUACCUGGAAGAGGUGAUACUGUAGGUUUUUGGCCAGGUCUUUGGACACUAGGCAACCUGGGCAGACCUGGCUAUGCCGCAACCACAGACGGUAUGUGGCCAUACAGCUACGCCGACGUGUGUGAUGCAGGUAUCACUCCUAAUCAGAGCUCACCGGAUGGUAUCAGUUACCUUCCUGGUAUGAGGCUGCCUGCUUGCACUUGCAAGGGCCAGGAUCAUCCUACGCCUGGUAAGUCUCGUUCGGCACCAGAAAUCGAUGUUCUCGAAGCGACCAACGCACCUUUCGACGCCGCUGGAAACGUCAUCGGUCACGUUUCCCAGUCUUUUCAGGUCGCACCCUUCGAUGUGUGGUACUACCCGAACUACGACUUCGUCGAAGUCUAUGACUAUUCAAUCACGCAAGUCAACACAUAUCGUGGUGGACCGUAUCAGCAAGCUGUAUCAGCACUUGUCAACUUGAACAACGAUUGGUAUGAUGGCAACCAAUACCAGACGUAUGCUUUCGAAUAUACCCCAGGAGCAGAUGGUGAUGUGAUAUGGUUUGUUGGAGACGAGCCCACAUGGAGAGUAACAGGAGAUUCACUUGGUCCGAAUGGUAAUGUGGGACAAAGAGUCAUGCCAGAGGAACCAAUGUCUGUCAUUGUCAACUUUGGCAUGUCAGACAGCUUCUCUCCCAUCAACUUUACCGGUAUAGGCAACACGCUGCCUGCACACAUGAGAAUCGACCAUCUUAGAAUCUACCAGGAUCCAUCCAACAAUAACAUGGUUAUGGGGUGUGAUCCACCAGGCUACGAAACCACAGCAUACAUUAACGCACAUCGUGAGGUGUACUACAACCAGAACAUCACCAGAUGGGAGGAUGCUGGUUAUUCGUGGCCACAGAAUACACUAAUGGAUGACUGUAGCAAGUAA